AUGGAGGGUUUAGGACGCGGCGUGGGCAACCUGACCCUGGGCUCCGGUCAUAGCCUGUGGGGCAGGAAGGCUGUGUUUGGGAGUCAGGACUGCAGAGGUGCAAUGGGAUACUGGCAGCUGGCAGGGGGUCGCUCAGUGCCUGCGCUGAACGAGCUGACUGUGUGCGUGGCACUGAGCAGGAACCUCACCUCACCGAAGUGGACCGUGUUCAUGUACAAGCAGCGGGGCGGAAGCAGGGUGGAGCUGGGGCUGACCGGGCGGUCCGCCUGGCUGCACGCCUGGCUGUUCGGCGAGGAGUGGAGCGCCCCCAUCAAACUGCCCCUGAACGCCUGGCACACGGUCUGCCUGACCUGGUCCAGCCGGUCCCGGGACCUGCGGCUGUACGUGAACGGAAGCAGCGUCCUGGAGGCGCGCGUUAACGAGACGGCACCCGGCCGGCCCUGCUGCCUCCCCGCAGACGGCAGCCUCACCCUGGGGGCGUCCCACGGGUUCGUCAACGGCCAGAUCGAAGUGGAGUCGGGGAGCUCCUUCCUGGGGGAGAUGUCCCUGUUCCGCAUGUGGGGGAGGGAGCAGGGGAACUGCAGCUGCGCCGAGGGCGACGUGGUGCGAUGGGACACCCAGGACUGGGACACACGCAGCUGCCCGCCCAAGCCCGAGGCUGGGCUGCAGUGCCCAAGCCUCACGUGGGGAACCAUAGUCAUGAUGUGCAAAACACAGAGGAAGACAAGGGUUGACGGCCUGGUGUAUGUGAGCAUCACCCCUGGCCCUGAUGUGAGUGAAGCCCAGGCACACAUCUCCACACUUCUGAGUGUGAAGUACAGCAACGAGACCCUGAGCAUCCACACAGAGCCCAACAGCACCAUGGUCAAUCCUGUGGAGACCCUGCCCGUGGUCACCCCACUGCCCCCCACCUCCCCUGGCAGCACCACGGGCGACACCGAUGCCAUCAGCAGCGUUGCAACAGACAUAUUUUACAUGGUCACUGUGAAUGUGACUGUGCAGGGCGGCAGUCAGGACCCAGAAGAGGCCAUCCACACCUGGACUGCAGCUCAGAGUCUGGCCAGCCAGCCUUGCAAAGGGGACCCCAGUAAGGAGGCCACCAGACUCUGUGAGGUGAAUGGGGUGACUGGAGAGGCGGACUGGGCUCCCCCAGACCUGCAGCUCUGCCCACCUGUGGAGACCACCAUCUCAGACCUGAGCGAGAUCAACAUCACUGCCAAUAACUCGGCAGAUAUGGUAGAUAUAAUUAUGGACCUAGUGGGGGAGAACACGCACCUGCCCCUGACCCAGCUGGAGAUCAUCCUGGACAAGCUGGUGGAGGUGGUGAAUGUCAGCCAGAUUAUCUCCUCCCUGGCUUCCAACAUCAUCCACAUCAUCGAGGUCAUCCUACAGCACGGAAGCGACCUGCCAUCUGUCACCAACCAGAUCCUGAAUAUUACAGACAAGGUUGGGGACAGGAUCUUGUACAAUGCGUCCUCACACAACAUCACCACUCCCUCCCUGGUCCUAUCACUCGUGAAUGUGAACUCAUCCCAGUUUGAUGGCCUCACCUUCGGGGUUUCCUCUUUCACCCAUGGCCUCGACCCCAAGGAGCCUGAAAGUAAGCUAGAACUGUACACCCAUGUGGUGUCAGCAAGUAUCACCAACACCACCGGGGACAUCAAAGACCUGGAGAACUUGGUCAGGGUGACCCUCCACCACCACACACCAAAUGUGCACAACGACAAGGUGGAGUGUGUGUACUGGAACUUCCGCAGUAACGGCAAUCGCGGUGGGUGGGACACCACAGGCUGUGAGAGGAACAGCACCACCAUCAACCACACGACCUGCCUGUGUAACCAUCUUACACACUUUGCCGUGUUAGUGGACAUAUCCCGGGAUAAACUUAACGAACUGGAUGAGAAGAUCUUGAGUGUCAUCUCCUACCUGGGCUGUGGCAUCUCCUCAGUGUUCCUGGGCAUCAGCUUGCUGACAAAGCUGCGCAGAGACUACCCGUCCAAGAUCCUUCUAAACCUGUCCCUGGCCCUGCUGGGCCUGAACCUGGUCUUCCUGCUCAACUCUUCGCUCUCCGCCUAUGGUGACGGUCUGUGUGUCGCUGUGGCAGCCGCCAUGCAUUACUUCACCCUGGCCUCCUUCACCUGGAUGGGCCUGGAGGCCGUGCACAUGUACCUGGCUCUGGUCAAGGUCUUCAACGUCUACGUGCCCUCCUACAUUUUCAAAUUCUGCAUCCUGGGCUGGGGUGUUCCGCUGGUGAUAGUCAGCACAGUCCUGGCAGUCCAACAGGAUGCAUAUGGCAGCAAGUUCUACGAAGACACCCCAGGGUCAUAUGGCAGCACAGAGGUUUUUUGUUGGGUCCAGCACGAGGUGGUGUUCUAUGUUUCCGUGGUAGCCUACGUCUUUCUCAUCCUGAUCUGCAACAUGUCGGUGUUUGGGCUCGUCCUGGUUCAGAUUAAGAGAAUACAGGUCAACAAGCCUGCAGGCACCAAAAAGGGCCUGUUGCAAGACCUGCGUAGUGUGGCCAGCCUCACUUUCCUGCUGGGCCUCACCUGGACGCUGGUUUUCUUCUCCUGGGGACCCUUCAAAGUGCCCGUCUUCUACCUGUUCUCAAUCCUCAACAGCUUACAAGGGUUCUUCCUCUUUGUGUUUUACUGCCUGAUGAAGGAAAAUGUGCGUGAACAAUGGCGGGUCCACCUGUGCUGUGGCCGUUUCAGAGUGAACGAGCACUCAGAAUGGAGCCGCUCCAUGGUGGCUGGUGUGAAAUCCAAACCGCAGGUGGGCCGCACACCGUCUAUGAAAUCUGACGAUUCCAACGAAACCAGGAGAACCUCCAGCUCUUCCAACCCGGGUCAGCAGCAGCCCAACAGCUUCCGAAUCAGCCUGGGUAAGUGUGAACACCUGUACACUACUGGAGAGGACAUGAUGACAAUUUGA